GAAAAGGAAAACAAACUGAAACAGGAGAAAAAUAAAAUAAAACAAAACAAAAGCAUUACAAACUUAAAAUAGUAGAAAAAAAAAGAAAAAAGGUCAACAGAACAGAACAAGAGGAGAUACACGAAGCGGGCAACCAUCCAUCAUGUCCAAAAACAACAACAAAAACAAGAACAAGGGGGAGGAAGACAGGAGGAGGCAGGUGACAGAGGAAGAAGAGGACUGGGUGCAGGAGGAAGAGGAAGAGGAGGAGGAGAGGGACAGCUGCAGUGAUGACGAUGACCGCCCUGGUGUGACCAACGGCGGUGGUGAAUGGCUCGAGACGCGGGUGAGGGUGAGCGGGGUGCCCGUUCACGCCAGGCAAGAGGAGCUUGAUCAAGUCCUGGAAAGCGUUGGGGUCGUGGAGAAGUGCGAGAAGUACGCCUCCAGGGACGGACAUACACAGGUGGUGCAUGUGACUUACGAAUCACUGGAGGCCGCACGGGAGGCAGCGCAACGACUCAACGGCAUCAGCCUGGAGGGAGGAAUCCUGCGCGUGGACCGCCUGAUGGACCGUCGGCGGAGCCCGCGGGGGGCAGCAGGCGGGGGGCCCAUGGGAGGGGGCCACAUGGGGGGGCCAGGGGCAGCCUCACCCUCCCAGCGCCACACAGACUUCCCUCUUCGCAUCCUUGUGCUGAGUGAAAUGGUCGGAGCGAUCAUCGGCCGCCAGGGAGCCACCAUUAGGACAAUCACGCAACAGACGAGGGCAAGAGUUGACGUCCACAGGAAGGACAAUGCAGGAUCCUUGGAGAAAGCGAUCACUAUCUAUGGCAAUCCUGAAAACUGCACCAACGCCUGCAAGCGCAUCCUGGAGGUGAUGCAGGAAGAGGCUGACAACACCAACAAGGGUGUAGUAUCGGCUGAAGAUGAUGAUGAUGCUGAUGACCAACCUCUCUGCUCCACAUCCCUUGACAGAGAGGUUCCCCUGAAGAUUCUUGCUCACAACAACCUCAUUGGGCGCAUCAUCGGCAAGGGAGGAACAACCAUCAAGAAAAUAAUGGAUGACACUUCCACCAAGAUAACUGUCUCAAGCAUCAAUGACAUCAACAGCUUCAACCUUGAGCGCAUCAUUACUAUAAAGGGAAGCAUAGAAGACAUAGCCAUGGCUGAGAACAUGAUCAGCGCCAGGUUGAGGUCGAGCUACGAGAGUGACCUUCAAGCCUUCGCCCCACAGAGUGCCAUGUUCCCUGGCCUCCACCCCAUGGCCAUGAUGUCCACCGUAGGGUUUGGCCUCCCACGGGGCAGUGGCGGGGGUGCAGCCGGGGCAGGGGCAGGGGCAGGGAUGGGCAUGUAUGGGUCCUCACCAACCUCUUAUCCACCCCUUUACCCAACCCCCAUCCCUGGCCAGCAAGGCUACCAUGGCUCGGAGGCAGCUGAGGAGAUAGCGUAUCUUUACAUCCCCAACUCAGCGGUGGGCGCCAUCAUCGGCACUAAAGGCUCCCACAUUCGCAACAUCAUCAGGUUUAGCGGAGCAUCGGUCAAAAUUGCUCCCCUAGAGGACGAAGGCCGACCAACGGAACAGUCUGAACGGAAGGUGACCAUCGUGGGAUCGCCGGAGGCUCAGUGGAAGGCGCAGUUUUUGAUAUUUGAGAAGAUCCGUGAGGAAGGUUAUGGUGUCGGGGUGGAGGACGUGAGGCUAACUGUGGAAAUUGUUGUGCCGUCCACUCAGGUAGGCCGCAUAAUUGGCAAGGGAGGUCAGAACGUGCGAGAUCUACAGCGGCAGACUGGCUCCGUCAUCAAGCUUCCCCAGCAGGGCUCCACCACCUCGGAGGACACCACUGUGCACAUCGUAGGCCCCUUCUUCUCUGUGCAGUCAGCCCAGCGGCGCAUCAGAGCAAUCAUCCAGAUGUCCACCUCCCCGUCCACCAGUGGGGGCGUGGGCGGCGGCACCAGCACUGGCACCGGAAGCAGCGGGCGCCCCAGCCGGGGGCCCCUCACGCCAAGGAUGCACCAAUGAGGUCACUGCCGCCGGGAGGACCACACCGCCACCACCACGACCCGAGCCACAUACCAAAGAGAAGGCGAACUUGGAGCUUAGGACCGGCGGCUCUCCCCUCACUUUGACCUCGCUUGCUUGCUUGUUUUGCUCUCUGGGGCCCAGGCUGGCUGGGCAGCUCGGGCGCUCCUCCUGCCAGGGGGGAGUCUGGCUGGCCGUUGGAUUUGAUUUAUGUUGAUGUGUUCGUUCGUAGGGUCUCUGUUCUUGUUCCCAUUUAUAGAGUAUGAUUUUGUUUAUGGCAGGCGUGGAGGGCCAAAGCUGCCUCACCUUGCCCGGGCCCCAGACUAGUUGUGACGACAGAGGGUGCAUGCAUGCGGCAGUAACUGAGUGUGACGUGCCGCGGGCAUGUGUUAGUGCGUGCACGUGACUGCACUGCACCUGUGUUGAGGCUCCUGUAAUGAGUUCUGACCCCCCUGUGUAGCCCCGGGGCCGCCCCAGUCACUGUGGCCGGCGGGGCACGCGAGACACCGUCAUCAGGGCUCCGCUGUUUAGUUAACUAGUACAAAAGUUUGUGGAAUAUAACGGACCAUUGUUACUAUAUGGUCUUUUUUGUACGCAAAGUUAUAGCAAAGUUUAUUUUUGAUACAUUGUUGGAGCAAUUUUUUGUUAAAUUUUUUUUAAUGAAGGAAAAUAUUAUAAUGUAGCAUGGAAAAUGCUAUUAUAAAAAAAAAAAUCAUCCUUGUCAGCACUCUCCGCACACCACCUCCGGGCCCCCACACCUCAGUUCAGACAAGGACACUGGAAAAGAAACCAACACUCUACAGGGGAUCAAUAUUCCGAACUCUCGACAAAACAAUGUAUGCAAAACAGGAAGAUUAAUGAUGUAUACUACUACUACUGCUGCUACUACUACUACUACUACUACUACUACUACUACUACUCUACAAAUGCCCACUGAUUUUGUAGUACCAUAUGAACAUUGAAAUACUUCACUCAGGUGACUGUAGAAGCUGAUCCGUGCAGUCUCAGCCGCUCCGUGCGCGCCGACUGUACAGCAGCUGGGGGUGGCGGCUGUCCUGGCCUCCCCUCCCCGCCCCUGGCUGCACCCACUCGUGCUACCUCACUCCUCGGCCAACUUGCCCCCCAGCCCCAUGGCAACACCCCCCACCCCUCUUGUGCCCACUCAUACUAAUGAUGCCUCAGUUUGUUUUGUUUUGUUUGUAAUUCCUGUCACUGGCACCAUCGUGGAUAAUUUACUUUCCAUUGUUUGCCAGUGAAGUUGUCAGAAUAGUUGUGUUCAGAAUUCUGCAAAUUCAGUCAAGUUACAAUUGGCAAUGAGUAUUUGAGAGCAAUCAACCAGUUACAUUAUACAUUUUCAAGAAUGUAAAUAGUUUCAGUUGCUAAUUGGGGAUCCACUACACCUUGCUAAUACAACACUCCUCUGUGUGUGUGUGUGUUUGUGUGGAUGUGCAUAUAGUUUUGUGCUCAUGCACCUUCGUGUGUAACCAUUCUUAGUGUUAGCCAGAGUGUCUGUGUUUCUGCACUGAAACACUAAUGUUGCCAUGGUGCUUGGGGGCCACUGACCUGCCAAGAGGGACCCAGAUUACAAAGAUGGGAAGUGUGGAGGGCAGUGCACCGGAAGCUACGAGGUGCCAAAUUGGGAGGGUCAGUGACUGCAGCUGUCAUGUACCUCCAUCACAUUAGGCCAGUUGUUUCAAGUGGCCAGAAAGCAGCAGAGCCUGGGUGCAGCCACAUAGCAUUCACUGUUGGUGCUGUGCAGGCUCUGUGUGUUUCCUUGCCAUGAUGCACUGACUAGUUGAGCCGAGCAAGACAGCCAGUAGGAAAGUCUUAGUGCUGCCAUAAAGAUAUUUUGUUGAAACUGCUUGGCUCAAGUUUCUUGUGUCCUGCCCUCUUUCCUUCCCCUGCCUUCACCCGUGGAAGUCCAUACGGCUGCAUGACCCCAGAAGGUCACUCUGAACUAGCCACAGUCCUUGUGUGGACUGGCUCUGAGAAUGAUUGGCUGUGUUAACUGUAAAUGUUGUUAAUCAAUUUAUUUUAUAUCAUUUCCCUCAGCCUGGCUGGCUCAGAGUCAUGUGUCUGGUGGCAGCAGCCUCCGUAGAAACUUGGCAGAUAACAUAUUUGGUCGCAGGUACGUUCCAUGUAGAAGGUCUGUUUGACUACUGAGAAUGAAAUGAAAUGUUUCUAUUCAGCCUAUACUCCAAACCGGACUGCAUACGAUAUGAUUGGUGAUUGAUUGCUGUUCAAAUUAAUUGCAUCCGCUGCUAAGUUUAUUAUACACUUAAAAUGCAACAGACAUAGUCAUAUUGAGCUACUACUACUGCUGCUACUUUUACUACUACUACAACUACUGUCAUAACAUUCAAAAUCACCAAUGGUACCACAUGUCAUCUAUGCUACCUUAAACAGCACUUGUUUUUUUCAAGAUAGUGUAUGUAAACUGUUUUAUCGCGAGAUAACUUUCAGACUACAGUGCUGGGCCCCUUUACCUUCAUGCCGAGUGAAAACGCCAACAAGAAAGAAGAGUCCAGCCUUGUAUCUUUAAAGCAAGGAAGCAUCUGACUAAUUUUCUGCUGAAUUUCAACCUAAGGAUCACCUUUGGCAUUUUAAGGCAUUAAGGUACAGGGGCCCAUCCCACUCCACAGUUAUAGCUUAUGUUUAGAUUAUGUAUGAAGGACUUCCCACCACCCAGCCAUUCACCCUUGGAAUUAGUGUGCAGCACUGGAUGACUUUGGGUGGAAAGAAAGUUAUGAAAUUUUCUUUACCUUUAUUGAAUGUUAGAAGCUGAAUUCAAAUUGUUGUCUUCAGGUUUGGGAGUGCUCAGUGCUUGAUUGCUUUUCCAGUUAACUAUUUCACCUCCUGUAAAUCACAUACUUUGUUUUUUCAGGCUUUCAAAUUGUAUUUUUGCUGGAACAUGUAUUUUUUUCUGCUUUUGUCACACCCACUUCUUAGUAUCCCAUAUUUUUUUCUCAUCUGUACAAUCCAAAUUUGUUUAGUCAAUCUGCUUCAUUUUUAAUGGAAAUGGAUUGGUCAUUUUUACUUGUUCCUUACAUUGCUGUAGGGAAGGAAGGUGUCUCACAGUAGCUACAGUGGCUAUUCUUGUUAUAGGCAAUGGAUGGAGGAGGAGGGGAUGAGGGUGUGAGUAAGAUUCCUGUAUUAUAUUAUGAGAGCUAUGAUGUCUUGGCCACACUGCCACCCCCUCCUCCCCAUGCCCUGCCAAGGUGGCCAGAAGUGUUCAGCUCAGCCCUUCUCCUUGGUGUUCAGCUCUACCCAGAAAAGGGAUCACUGCCACCGCAGUUAUGAACAAUUGUGGGAACCAGUUUAGUGUGUUUGAUUCACAGGACGACUGGUCUGUCAGUCACCCUCAGUGUGUUUGUUCUGUGGUUUUCCCGAAGCCAAGUGGAAGAGAUUUGUGUGAUGACUUGGUGAUGCCUGUUGUUGCCUGGAGGCGGCUAUCCAGUACUACCACUACAACUACUACUGCUACCGCUGCUGUCCUGCUGUUGUGGCGACCAAGAUGAUUGUCAAGUAUAUACACCACCAACCCUACCACCAUCUCCACCACAACCUCCACCAGUACCACUACCACUAGCAACCUCACCUGCCUCCUCAGCCUCCCCACAAUGUCCCCCAAACCCCAUACCUCAACAACAAGGUGCCUCAGUGAAUCUUACCAUCAUCCACCUACAGGAACAAUACAUCAGAGAUUGGUCCCACUUCAGUUCCCCUAAACUGGACAUAAAAGUUAAAGAUGCUUAAAGUCAAGGUCUCAUCGGUCACUCCCCCAAAAGGGUGCCUCCCUAGUACAAGACUCCUCGCCCUGGCUACCCCCUGGCCCGGCGGCGACCUCUGUGUCACUGUACAAAGUUAUGACCUCCCCUGCCCCCCACACCACCCGCUGUGUGCCUCAAGCCGCUGGGAGGGGGACACUGGGAGCGACCACUACCACCACCACCACCUCUACCAUCACUACCACCACAACCACAGCUGCUACUCAGAAAGGGGCCUCAUCCUACAGUUAUCCCAGUCCUUGCCGCUACUCUCCUCAGUGUACCAGGCCGUUCCACUACUACCACCACCACCACUACUACCACUACCACCACCAUUACCACUACUACUACUACCACCACCACCACCACAACAACUCCAAUCCACCACAUUUGGGUACCAGCCACUGCUUCUAUCUACUGGUUCAAGUAAUAAACGAUUUCAGGUUAA